AUUCACUGAUGGAUCACUUCUCACUGAAGGAUGCUAUGUAACAUACAUUCCUCUGCCUCACUCAAACAAUAAUAUUAGUGCAUAGUAGGUUGGAACAGGAAGGCCAGAAAAAUUUAACAGGCUGGCUAUCUUACUCAGAUACAGAAGAGAAAGCAGGAAAGAGAUAGGAAUGAGAAAACACCCACUCACGGUAAAGAAGUUUUUUCUAUCUGAUGGAAAGUUCUAUGUGCAUUAUGACGGGUUGCAGGCUGCCCCUUUGCACUUUUAGAAAUCUAAAGGCUUGGCUUGGGCUCUUGGAUCGUUCACCUUAUAAAUUAUGUGCACCAUGGAAGAGAUGUAUCUACUCUGCAAGCUAUCAACCAGUUACAGCAAUCAUCCCAAAACAUUUAUUUGUUUCUCCCAUUAAACGCCAUGCGUUUUUUAUACCAUUAUUCAUAUGUACACCAAGAAUUUCUGUACGAUUCAAAAGUGACAAAAGUUCUCAGAAGAAUAUGAAACAAACUGAACAAGAGGAGGAUGAGGAUGAAGAUGAGAGAAGUGAUUCAGAGGAUGAGUUUGAAGAUGAUCCCACUAAAGUGAAGGACUACAAAGAUCUUGAGAAAGUAGUAACGUCAUUUAGAUUUGAUGUAAUCAUGAAAGCUGGUCUAGAUAUUGCAAGAAACAAAGUGGAAGAUGCAUUCUACAAUGGUGAACUAAGACUAAAUGGAGAGAAGCUGUGGAAGAAAAGCAGAGCGGUAAAAGUUGGUGACACACUAGACCUCAUAAUUGGAGAGGACAAGGAAACAGAAACUGCAGUAGUUAUGAGAGUUGUCUUAAGAAAAGCCUCAGAAAAGAAUGACAAUGAAAAAUACAAAGUGAUAUUGAGGCGCUGGCGAAACUUAAAGGUGCCCAAGCAGGAUGUAUUUAAAUGAACUAAGAUUUGCAUGAAGAAGAACUUUAUGAACAACCAUAUUUGUUUUAUAAUAUAUGAUGAAAUUUGGUUAA